CACUCAGAGAAGCACCGCGUGACCCGUCGUGACGUAGGCAGCGGACCGCACCGGAGGUGGGAGAGGGCCGACGGAACUGUAGAGGGCUUGGGGGCGGAGCCACCCUACUGGCCCGCCCCCGUCGGCAGCUGCCUCCGCGCGCGAAAGUCAAACCUAGGGACCCGCCGGCGGGGGAAACCUAACUGGGUCAGAUCUGGGCGAGUUCCGGAUCGUGCGCGCGUCUGUGCUCUCCUCCUUGCCCGAAGCAUUUGGGGCAGCCAAAGACCAAGAAUGGCCACCCCGCCCAAGAGAAACUGCCCAUCUCCCUCCACUAGCUCCGAGGGUACCCGCAUCAAGAAAAUCUCCAUCGAAGGGAACAUCGCUUCAGGGAAGUCAACAUUUGUGAAUAUCCUUAAACAAGUCUGUGAGGAUUGGGAAGUGGUUCCUGAACCUGUUGCCAGAUGGUGCAAUGUUCAUAGUACUCAAGAUGAAUUUGAGGAACUGACAACGUCUCAGAAAAGUGGUGGGAAUGUUCUUCAGAUGAUGUAUGAGAAGCCUGAACGAUGGUCUUUUACCUUUCAAUCAUAUGCCUGUCUCAGUCGGAUACGAGCUCAGCUUGCCUCUCUCAAUGGCAAGCUCAAAGAUGCAGAGAAACCUGUAUUGUUUUUUGAACGAUCUGUGUACAGUGACAGGUAUAUUUUUGCAUCUAAUUUGUAUGAAUCUGACUGCAUGAAUGAAACAGAGUGGGCAAUAUAUCAAGACUGGCAUGACUGGAUGAAUAACCAGUUUGGCCAAAGCCUUGAAUUGGAUGGAAUCAUUUAUCUUCGAGCUACUCCAGAGAAAUGCUUAAGUAGAAUAUAUUUACGAGGAAGAACUGAAGAGCAAGACAUUCCUCUUGAAUAUUUAGAGAAGCUUCAUUAUAAACAUGAAAGUUGGCUCCUGCAUAGAACACUGAAAACAAAUUUUGAUUAUCUACAAGAGGUGCCUAUCUUAACACUGGAUGUUAAUGAAGACUUUAAGGACAAACAUGAAAGUCUGGUUGAAAAGGUCAAAGAAUUUUUGAGUAGUUUGUGAUCUUGCCGAAGACUCGAGAUAGCCCAUUGUUUCCAAAUACUUCAGCUUUAUGUGUCUUCAUAGCUCAAUAUUCAUAAGUCUCAAGUUUUUAACCUUUUUUUUUCUUCAAGAAAAAGUGUUUUUGUAUGUUUUAUGAAUCCUAUGUAAAACUUUCUCUCCCUUCCUCCCUUCCUUUCUUCAAUAGUUCAAAAAUCAAAGAUGUUUAAUUAUCUCUUAUAACAGGAAGUCUGGAGGUAGAUGGUUCCAAAAUCUGAAUAGUGGUUCAACUAUAUUAUAAAAGACCUAGCCUCUUGUCCCUCUGUCAUCUUCCACAGGUUAACAUUUUCCCAUAGUGUUUUUCACCUCAGGGUUGACCAGUUUCUUAACUGGAAGCAUUAAUGUUACAGAGUAAAUCAUGUGUAAAUUAGUGUACCUAUUAAAAGUUGAAAAACAGAAUUUCAGAAUUCCUGGAAUAAGGAUUCUGAAGUGAGUUUUGUUUUGUUUUAAUUUUUGUUUGUUUAUAUUGUUUUAUUUCUAGAGGUGCUAGGGGUCAAACUAAGGAUUUCAUGCAUUUUAGGCAAGUGCUCUACAGAGUUGUACAUCUAGCUCCUGAAGUUUUAUUUGGAAUAUUUUUGAUCAGCUGCCUCGCUUUCCAUCCUAAUUUAUGUUAAAGAUAAAACUAAGUUUAGUAUUUAAUCACUUGAUAUUUAUCAAUGUAUCUAUAAUACAUUUAUAGGGAAGCAAGUUAGACCUGAUUCCCAGUUUGGUAAUGACGUAACCUAUUUAUUUUAUAAAUCAUUUCACCUUUUACCUUUGUUUCUGCAUCUGUGAUCCAUUUUUUUUUAACAUGGGAUUUUAGAUGAUUGAGGAGAAAAAAUUUUUGUAUCUUUAAAAGAUAGCUGAAAAGUUAUUACCUGAGUAUAAAGAUUCAGUUUACCAGGAGUUUAAAAUAGCUACCUGCUUUUCCCUUCUCAGACUAUUGUUUUAGAAAUGACAAUUCUUAUUACAAUUAAGAGAUUUACUUAAACUGUGUUUUUCCUUAAAUCAUUGUAGGUGGAAGAAAAACUAUGUUUUUCUUAAAUUUCUUUUCAUUUUUAUAUCUUUUGUUGUGUGUAUGUGUGGGUGGUGCUAGGGAUUGAACCCAGGGCCGUAUUCACACUAGGCAAGUACCCUACCACUAGGGUACACUCCUCUUUUCAUUUUUGUAGGAAAUAUUAGUAGAACAUAGUGAAUAAUAAGUUUUUCUAUUUUAUUCUGUAUUGUUCCUGCAGUGGAAAUGAAUAAUUUUUGUCUAUCUGCUUGGUGAGUAUUCAAACAAGAAACUGAAGCCAAAUUGGAGUAUCUUAGCAGUUUUGUCUGUUUAACCUCACCUCUUAUAUCUUGCCUCAUUCUUCUUUCCCUACUCUCUGAAUUAAUUAGGCAGCAUGUAGUUUCAGUUUUAAAUAAAUCAUGUAUUUCUACUUUGAAAACAUUAUUAUUGCUUUUUGCUCCACAGUUUGCUUUGCUUUGUAGAAUUUUGACCUAAAUUUUUUGUACCUUUCAGAGAAAUCACAAAUAAAAAUGAUUUUGGUUUAUAUGUAAUAUAUCAUGAAAUCAUUAUCAUUUUUUAAUUUAAAUAAGGAAUAAAAUUAACAAAACUUCCUUAAUAAGGCAAACUUCUCUCUAAACUACUUAUGUGAGUAGUUGUAAAACUUUGCAUGUUUUCAUCUUAGGUCUGUAUAUAAAUAAAGAGGUUUUAUUCCCCCCUAGAUAUUUAAGUUAAGGUAUGCGUGUUUUUUCCCAUGUAAUUAACCUUUCUAUUUUAUACUUUAGAAAAAUUGUACAUUUUUUUGAAAUGAGAGGAAGAGAUACUUAUUUUAAAAUUGUAGUUUUCUUUUUAUGUCACUUUUUGCUUUUGGUUUCUUGUUAAAAGGUGAUAAUUCAGUGGAUUAACCAAUCCUGAUGCACUGAUCUUUGAUUAGGGGACUUGAUUUCAAAUCAGUAAUAAACAUAAUAAUUAAAUUAUAUCAUGA